ACUGCAGCUCUUAGCCAAGCAGAGGAAAGGAAGCAAGAGGGGGAAAAUAAAGCUAAAGCAUGAACAAGGCAGAAUUCAUCGCUGCUGCAGGAUUUGCCAUAUCAUUGCUGUUCCAUGUGAUCCAGACUGAAGUCUGUCCCCCUUCCUGCAAUUGUAAGCCCCUGGAGGAAACGAAGGGCUUGCAGAUAGACUGCAGUUCAAGGAAGCUGAAGGAAGUGCCUGCCUUACCCAUUAACACCAAGAGGCUUUAUCUACAGAAUAACAGCCUGACCACGGUUUCUCCUGGUGCCUUUGACAGCUUGCUCAGCCUGGAGGAAAUAAAAAUAUUUGACAAUCCAUGGAACUGUGACUGCCAUAUUCUGUAUUUAAAACUCUGGAUGGAAGAUCUCUCUGAAUCCUCUCUUGCAAACAUCAGAUGUGCAACCCCUGCUGCUGUGAGGAUGAAGCCCUUGAAGCAGCUGACUGGGAACGAGCUGGGGAUCUGCAAGAGGCUUCUCCCAAUCAAAAGCCUUGAGUUCUUUUGGAGAGACCUCGUUUUAAUUGCUGCAGCAACUGUUACAGUUAUUUUACUAGGAUGGGUUCUGAAAUUCUCAAAAAAGCUGGUGUGCCAAAUAAAACUAAGUCAAUAUGUUUCUAGGCGUUCACUGUUGCAGAGACACAUCUCUAAAAGCUACAAGCUGCAAUGAGCUCUUCACUAGCUUGAACAGAACCAUCAAACCAUUCGACCACAGAAAAUGUGCAUGCACAGGCAAUGUUAGCUGUAACAGUAGGAUGCUACUAAGAGAUCCCAGGACACAAAGUCUGGGUCCUCAGAUAAGCAAGUUUCAUUUCCUUUCAAAAACAAGCUUGGUGAUACAUUAAAUGGCAAGUUUCAAUCUGCCACUACCUACUCAUACAGAAAGUAGGUUCUACGUUUUUUGUUUUUUUAAAUCCUUUAAUUUUGCAUUUUUCCAGUGAAUUCUCUGUUCUACCAAAACCUAUACUUUUUAAUAUGUGGAUAUGAACACUGAUUAUAGUAUUUUAGUCAUACUUUUCUUAUUUUGUGUUUCUGUUUCCCCUUCAGAGUCCCAGUGGCCUUUGUAGGAUCAUACAUGUGUGCAGACAAAUUCAGUUCUCUUCCUCAGGUUCUGAAGUUUCCUACCAGCAGAACCACUAAGAUAAUACAGACCAGCCACUGAAUGUACCCCAUAUUACAUCUAAGACAGAUAAUAAGAAAAUAAUCAGUAAAAAUUAUUUUAAAUAUCAUUGAAUUUCCCAGAUUUAAAAAAUUUAAAUAAAAAAUGUACAUGAAAUUAAAAUAAAGGAUGCUAUUGAACAUUCA